AAGCAACGUCUGUCUGCCGUUUGAAUCGUCAAUGUUAAUCUUGGAGACGACGACAGUUCCCGUCUGGCAAACCUCUUCUUCCUCAUCGAAUUGGCUUUCUUCCUUCUCCUAAUCUAAAGAAGGUGAGUGAGUUUCCUCCAACCAUCUUAUUGUUCUUGUGGUACAGCAUAGAACGGAGCCUAAUGACAUCAUCGUCAUCGGUAUGGGCCAGGAGGGCUUUAAUGGCCGCUUCCUCUUUUGGGUACCCUGCAAGAGUGUACCUCAUAGACAAGGGGAUUAGAGAGUCGCCACUCGGAUGUGGGCUCUGUUCCUACAGACGGCUAACUGCACAGAAUCCAUCGAACGGAAACGGAGAUCCAGAAGCAAUGGCAGGGAUAGAAGAAGGAGAGGAAAUGACAGUCGGACGAUUGCCUUGGCAGAUGCAUUCGAUCGGUACCUCCCCUGAAUCUUCCUCCAAGAACAGCAACAACAAUACCUCCCUCCUUAAGAAGAGGGCGGCCGUUUUGGUGCUCGUGUUCGAGGACGACGCCGGAGACCUUCGUGUGAUCCUGACAAAGAGAUCCUCAAACCUGUCGUCCCAUUCUGGAGAAGUGUCACUGCCAGGAGGCAAAGCGGAGGAAGGUGACGCAGAUGAUACAGAAACGGCCCUGAGGGAAGCAAAAGAAGAGAUUGGAUUGGACCCUUCCUUGGUUACUGUCUCCGCCAUCCUCGAACCGUUUUUGUCAAAGCAUAUGAUCACUGUUAUUCCAGUGAUUGGUAGGCUUUCUCAUGUGGAUUCAUUGAAACUCUCUGCAAACAGGACAGAAGUGGAUGCCAUAUUCGAUGUGCCACUUGAAAUGUUUCUCAAGGAUGAGAACAGGAGGUGGGAGGAGAAAGAAUGGAUGGGAACGAAGAUCAAGAUUCAUUACUUUAAUUUCAAAUCUGAACAGGGUGAGUUCAUUGUAUGGGGUUUAACUGCUAGAAUAUUAAUUCAAGUUGCAUCCUUUGUCUUCAAAAGGCAUCCGGGAUUUAGGCUAUAGGAUUUGAUUGUCAGAGGAACGUUAUCCAUCUCAAAGAUCAUUGUCAUAGUGAUCUGAAGAAAGAAUAUGACACUACUCAUUUAUGUAUUGUACAAAAUCGAAGGUGAGUCCUAUAGAUGGUGGGAUCACAAAAAAAUUUACUUACCAAAUCGAUAAUAAAUGGUAAUUUCAUUUGUCUCCA